UCUAAUAAUCCAAAUGUUAAAGAGAAAGGGUAACAAAAUCAAACGCGAUUGUAAAAUUUUCAUACAAAAAUAAACAACUUCUCCCUCACUCACCCAGAUCGACGAUCACCACCACCACCGCAUUAUUCUUCGCUUCUCUGUCAAAAGAUGGAUUGGGAAGGGCAAAAGCUUGCAGAGCAGUUGAUGCAGAUAAUGCUUCUUUCAUUUGCUGUGAUUGCAUUUGGAGCUGGAUAUAUCAUGGCUUCUUUCCAAACAAUGAUCCUCACAUACGCUGGUGGUGUGGUUCUCACCACAUUAGUCACUCUUCCCAACUGGCCCUUCUUCAACCACCAUCCUCUUAAGUGGUUGGACCCGAGCGAGGCAGAAAAGCAUCCAAAGCCACAACCAUCUGUGAAUGUAACUGCAAAGAAGAAAUCCAUUAAAAAGUAGGUUUAUUUUUCUUGUUGCUUAUGUUGGUUCUAGUAUCUCUUCAAAUUCUGAUGUUGAUGCUUUGACACAAGUUUACGAAUCUAUAUUACAAUGUACUUUACUUCUUAGAAUACAACUAUAUCUCUGUUUUCUUUUGGACA